AUGGCGGCGCACUACCCGCUGGGUUCAUCUUCCACCCCACCGCCUUAUGCGGCUGCUGGUUCUUCUACUACAGGCACAUGGACGCACCUCGGCCAAACACGGUCCCGAACACUCCUCUUCCUCUCAUACCGAGACUCAGCUGGGCCCUCCUCCCGCACACGAACCAACGCAGGGGACGUCUACUUCCAAGCGCCUUACACCGACUCGUCCGAUGACCCACUCAACUCCUCCUCACUAAAUGCCGCCGCUUCGGGAGACGAUGCCACGGAAGGCUUACUGUCCAGGCGCAGUCGAGAGGGCCACGUCGCACUUUCGAUCUCGCCGGAGCUUCCGCCCAAAUGGAUGGACGUCUCGGACCAAGUCGACCAAAUUCUGCUUUCGAUUCGACCACGAAUGGACCAGCUGUCGCGGAUGCACGAGCGACACUUGCGGCCCGGGUUCGCGGAUAAGUCGUCCGAGGAGAAGCAGAUCGAGGCGCUGGUGCUCGACAUCACCAAGGAUUUCCGACGCUGCUCGCGACUCGUUGCGGGGCUGGCGUCGUACACACAGCAUCUGAUCCGCGAGUCGAAGCGGGCACAGCGCAGCGAUGUGACGGUGCGCCAGAUAGCGCUGGCACAGAACGUGCAGACCGCACUCGCAACCCGCGUGCAGGACCUCAGCGGCGCCUUCCGCAAACAACAGACCUUGUAUCUCAAGCGCAUGAAGGGCAUGGAGGUGCGGGACCGCGACAUCCGUGCCGCCCGCGGUCUAGCACCUCCCGUAUCCGCAAAGGGCAAGGAGCCAGAACCCUCGUUCCGAGACAGCGAGCUUGCCGUACGCGAAGACAUCGAACUCUCCCGUGCUUCGCUCCUCUCGUCCUCAUCCCAAUCCAACCUUCUCCUCCUCGAAGAGUCCAACGCCUCGCAGAACGAUACUGAGAUCGCACAGCGCUCGCGCGAGAUCGACGAAAUCGCCAAAUCCAUCCAGGAACUCGCAACACUCUUCACCGACCUCCAGAACCUCGUCAUCGACCAGGGCACCAUGCUCGACCGCAUCGACUACAACGUAGAGCUCAUGGGCAGGGAAAUGCAGGGCGCCGUACAGGAGUUGCAGACCGCCACGCGCUAUCAGCGACGCAGUGGGCGGCGCCAGUGUAUCUUGUUCUUGUGCUUGCUCAUCGCCGUGUUGGUGGCGCUCAUUGUCAUCAAGCCGUUUUGGAGGGGGUUUGCGUAA